UGGAGUUAACAACGAGCAGUAAACUUCCCAUAUUAUAUAUAGAUCAGUGUUACAGUAUAUAAUCUAAACCGGGAUUUCCCCAUAAUAAUUUUGUGAAGGUGUACUUCUAUAUAUGUUUAUUACGUAAUAUCGCCAUGAUGGAGUUAGACGUCUCUUAUUAUGACGUUACUUUUCUUUCAGUGUUGAAUCUAGGACUAUUUCUGUUACCGACGUUUUCUGUGCAGGCGGCGGCGCCGUACAUUCGUAAAGUAGCUGUUUCCCAGCCUUGUCCACGGAGCAGGUACGUCGUGACAAACGCAAAUGGAACCAAGCGAUGUUCAAGAUGUUCCCAUUGCCCCAGAGGAUUCCAAGUACAGACAAAAUGUAGUGCGUACAAUAAUACAAUAUGUGAACCUUGUUCAUCCGGUUGGUACAAUGACAUUAAAGGAAGUAAGUGUAAGCCAUGUUCCGGAUGUAAUUUGGGGGAAUAUAUACGGCGCAGCUGCAUUGCAAAACGGGAUACAAAAUGUCGUAAAUGUCCCAAAUAUACAUACUCACCCUCAGCAAACGUGACAGCAUGUUUAACAUGCACGAGGUGUCGGCAAAAUGAGAAAAUAAUUUCUAAAUGCAACGGCUUCAGAGACACUGUUUGUGGAGACUGUUUUCAUGAUCAUUUUAGAGAGUCUUCAACGGGAAGCUGUUUCCGCUGCUCUCCGUGUCCUUAUAAACUGCAACAGCUGGUUGUGCCGGAAUGUCGCGAUAAACUUGGAAUACAUCACUCAAAUAUUUGUUGGCCUGGCACAACAACGUUUAGAUUCAACAGUAAGAAUUACAAAAAUAACUUGGAAAUUACAGACAAAUUACUUGACGUCGAAUUAGAAGACUAUACUUACAUUAAGAAAAGUGUAACUUUACCUGUCAUUCUGGGAUUUGUGUUAAGCUGCGCUGUUGUAUUUAUAUCUGUGUUUAUUGCCAUGCAUUUUACAAAGUGUUGGAGAUGGACAAGACUGGGAGGAUUUAGGAAUGAAAGAACGUUUGGUAUAACAAGUGCAAAGUUGCGUGAAAACCGCGAUGUCACACAGAACGGAGACAAUGUGACCGUUGAUACCGUUUCAAUAAAAUCAAUCGAUAGUUUUAACUCUGACUUUGAAAUGAACAGUGAAUCAAAUAGCUUGCUAGACUGUGCCUUAGAGGUUUGCGUUAAAACGUAAAUGUCGGACAUACAUAACAACAGCAGUUUAAAACAGUCUGUAAGGAGAGUAAGACUAUAUUUUGUAUUGAUUAGAGAGUGAUUUCCUCUAAUUCUCUGUCUACAUUAUAUUUACUUAAAGGUCUUAUCGUGCAAACUUAUCUCCCGUUUCUAAACGAACAAGGAAGAUCUGUUUCACUAAAAUGACACUGAAUAGAAAGGGUUUCAAAAACUAACAUUGUUGAAUAGUUUAAAUAUUAUAUAAAGAUUUACAUUGUAAGUGUGUCUUACUACCUUCACGCCUUCUUAUUUUUUGUUAUGUAGUCUGUUGUCGUGUACACUAUUCGACAUCAAAAACACUAGUAACAACAAAGAGAGCAUCCAUAUGUAUGAUAUUUUGGAAACAUAGAUUAAUUGCAACCGAGCGAACAAAAAGCAGACUCGUUUAAAAGGAGUCUCUUUAUGAGGGGUAAAGGCAUGCGCAACAACCCUCGAACAUUUGGAAGUCUUUUUGUUUAGCAAAAUAUGUCAACGAAAUUCAACAGAAUUUCAUUUCGGUACUUUCAUCAUACAUGAAAAUAUACUCGAACCGCACAGAAAAUGAGAAUAGUUCCUACCGGAAUUGGUUAUUAAAUCCACGAAAAUAAUUUUGGGAUCAUUAGAAUAUCUCCUUUAGUAACUGAAAACAAAUACUAAUUAACUGUAAAAGAAUACACGCCAAAUAGAAUAAUUGGGAAAAUCAACCAAGACAUAGUUACCGAAGUUUUCAUACUGAAGUUGACAAAAAUAUGACAGCCAGUAAAAUUUCUCUUCAAUCAUUCUUUUUAGUGAUCUAUGAACCGGACGCUGAAUUUGUCAAGUGCGUUCAUUCGUUGCCUUGUCUUUUCUGACGACUUCGCGACGGAUAUUGUAAAAGAACUUACAGACAAACUUGUCACUGUUGCUAGAUGCAUACAAAUAAAAUCAUAAAGUAAACGACGGAUAUUGUAAAGGAACUUACAGACAAACUCGUCACUGUUGCUAGAUGCAUACAAAUAAAACCAUAAAGUAAAAGACAUUCAAAAGAACACAAUUAUUCUAAUUGUUGGCACUAUUUUUCUUCUCAUGUCCGUUGAAUUUUCUACCGUAUUAUGGAACUUAUAACGUUGUGUGUUAAUUGCGACAGCCAAAACAAUUUCUGGCUGUAGGGCGUGGGAGGUUGGAAAGAAAUUUGUCCAUAACAAACUAGUAAAAGCAUUACAGGCUAAUUGUCAGUAUACAUUGUACUUGCAAACGUGAAAAUGAAGCUCUCCUCUUUAUGUAACCUUUAGUUUCUAUUAUUGCAUAAAUAUGUGUUUAUGUAUAAAGGUUGUAAGUCGGUGCAUACGUGUCCACAUUUACAUGUAUCCCGGUUGCAAUGAGGAGUGUUCUAUUGGUGAAAAUGUUGUCCUGUUGGAAUUUUGUCCUUGAAAUCGUUUCACAACAAAAUCGUUUUUAAAUUAUUCCUUUGUGUAUUUUGGCUCAUCAAAUCAAUCUAAAACAAAUCCUCGAACUUCAGUGCUCAGUCUUCAUUUACAGCUUACAUCUGCGCUAAACACACACGGUCUAAAUCAUCAAAGGUUUAAAAACGUUCCUAGAAAAUAGUAAUUCAUGCUGAAUAUCGGUGGCAUGGAGAAUAAUUAUUAUGAUUCUUUUUCAACCAUAACAUGCAUUCCAGUACCAUGCAGACACGAAAUUGAAGAUCAUGAGGAGGUGUUUCAUCUAAACCUUCCAUCUGCUCUGAAAAAAUAUUUUGGAACACAUAUCAUUAUGCAGUGAAACUUUAUCACUUGAAUGAGUGGUUUUCAAUUUAGUAACUAUUAAACUUUGUAUUUUUUCGGUGUGUCUCGUUUAUAUCUUGUUUACAUGGCGUUAUGCUUACACCUAUGGCUCACCUAUAUUUGUAUACGACAGUUUUUCGGCGAAACUGAAACAAAAAUGCCAGAUUUAUAUUAAGAUAUACAGUAAUUAUGUCUGUAUUACGUAAAAAACCUCGGAAAAGAAGAUUAAGUGUUCAAGAUGAAUUCUUAGGUACUAUUUUACAAGAAUUUUGAAUAUUUGAUAUUUUUAGAAGUUUUGAUGACUUUUACAUUUUAUUAUUUUUACAUUUCAUGGUUUGUCAUACAUGUUUUCACUAAUUUUAUUAUAUCAUGUAAAAUGUAUAUUUAUGUAUACAAUA